GAAGAAGAAAAAGGGGAGGAAGAAUGGACGCAUCCAUUGACAGAAAGGCGGCUGUACAAAUAAUUUAAGAAUUCUUCCUCCGUCGGCGCUUUACCUGUUCUUAAAUUUUAAUUAAUCAGAAGCCCGGCCUCAUGAAUCCUUUCUCUGAUUCCCCUGGCCCCAGUCGUCAGCCAUUCUCCCCUUCUUCAUCGGAAUCAUCAUCUUCCUCGUCUUCGUUGGAGGGAAGGAGAUAUGCGGUCGCCGCCAGUGUGGAGGAGGAAGAUAAAUCUAUGUCCGUACAGCCGGAAUGCUAUGUUUGUGGGCGGCGGUUCGGGACUUGGAAGGCUCUGUUCGGGCACAUGAGAUGCCAUCCCGAUAGGGAGUGGAGAGGAGUUAGACCCUUGGCGGAGGGAGAAGAAGCUUGCAGAGGAAGGAAGAGAUGGCGGCGUCGGAGGAGGCAAGAGGAGGCAACAGCGGCAGGAGGAUACGCAUGCCGAGAAUGUGCGAGAGUGUUUAAGACGAAACAAGCGCUGGGAGGGCAUAGAGCGAGUCACAGGGGAGUGAUUGGAUGCAAUACGAAAGCCAAGGAGACGACGGUGAGGGUGGGGCCAGCAGCGGCGGACGUCAGAGGAGAACGAGGACUAGGAGGAGAUGGGAAGACAGUUGCUUGCCGAGUGUGUGGACGACAGUUUUUCACUUAUCAUGGGAUGAGAAUUCAUCAGAGAGUUCAUCGUGAACGACCAGGAGGGGAAGUAGUGGCUAGGAAGACAGAGGAGAAAGGGUUCAUUGUUGAUCUGAACCUUCCGCCGCCGCCGGAGGUUGCCGAGGAGGAAGAUAAGCAAGCUGGAAACAAGCAGGGAUAGUGAGAUUUUAAUUUCGUAGAAGAAGCUUCAAUGCCGUGGGUAUAUAUAUUAUUAUUCAUAGUUUACAUUGGCAGACUCCUUUUGAAUAGUUUUUUUUUUUAUUAUUGCUUCUUUAAUCUGCUGUGUAGAGAAAAUAAACUUUUCAAAUUGUUGUAAAAAAUAGUUUUUUUUUUAAUUUUUUUUAAGCAACAAAAAAAAACCCAAUGAUUUGAA